AUGUGUUAUUCAAGACAUAACAGCACAUCUGGCCGAUUCCGUUAUCAAUUCAACCUAAGCUCGAUUGAAGCAGACUUGAUUAUCCGAAGGGUUGAGUUGCGUGUAUUUAAAACAAAAUCAACACGUCGAGAAAAUGUAUUUUACAGAACAGAUAUAGUCCUUGACGGUCCAUCGUACCGAGACAUUCGCUCAGUAAUGGUCAGCUCAACAGGUUAUGGUUGGUUGUCGUUUGAAAUUACCGAUGUUGCAAGUCGAUUAAUUCAAUAUGGGGAUAAAAUCGUGGAUAUUGAUAUUACAUUGCAACCAAUUCGUAACAAACUUCCAACAUUUAAAUUAUUAACAUCAACAAAUACGUCUACAAGAGCCUUAUUCAUGGUGUAUUCCGACACAAACGUCAAAUCAUCUAAGAAGGCGUCAAGAUUGUACGGCACAGGUAAAUACGCAGGUGUGCAAGAAAAAAAUCGGCAUCGGCGCGAUGCUAAAAAUUCCCGUCAAGCUUGCCGAUUGGCUAAUCUGACAAUUACAUUCUCAGAACACACUGCAUUUGGUGAUGUCAUGUUGCCACGCAAGGUAAACAUUCGCAGAUGUGAGGGAUCGUGUCGAUAUUUGGUUGGAGCUGGAACAGACGUAGAAGAAACUUACCAUGGUGUCAUGCAGAAUAUGAUUAAACGCGAACAGCCGAGUCAUCUAAAAACGAAACGCAUCCGAUACGCCUGUUGUGCUCCCCGUUAUUUGCAAAGUUUGUUGUUGUUAAGACAGAGUUCGAUAACUGGUGAUAUCGUCAUGGUUACAUUGGACAACGCUAUUGUAGAAACAUGUUGGUGUGUGUAA